UAGUGAUACGGAAGUACUGAAACCCUGUAGGUGUUUUGUGACCGAGGGCGAAUUUAUUUGAUCUUAAAGCAGCAAAACCCGAAGACCAAGAUGAUCAAGGCUAUUCUUAUUUUUAACAACCACGGGAAGCCGCGGCUCAUCAGAUUCUACCAGUACUUUGCGGAGGACAUGCAGCAGCAGAUCAUUCGCGAGACAUUUCAUCUGGUGUCGAAGAGGGACGACAACGUCUGCAAUUUCCUGGAAGGUGGCAGCCUGAUUGGUGGCUCAGACUACAAGCUGAUCUACAGACACUACGCUACGCUGUACUUCGUGUUUUGUGUGGAUUCCUCUGAGAGUGAACUUGGGAUUUUAGAUCUUAUACAGGUGUUUGUGGAGACUCUGGAUAAAUGCUUUGAAAACGUCUGUGAGCUGGACCUGAUCUUCCACAUGGACAAGGUGCAUUAUAUCCUGCAGGAGGUGGUGAUGGGCGGGAUGGUGCUGGAGACCAACAUGAAUGAGAUCGUGGCCCAGGUGGAGCUGCAGAACAGGAUGGAGAAAUCUGAGGGUGGGCUCUCAGCCGCUCCGGCGCGCGCCGUCUCGGCGGUCAAGAACAUGAAUCUUCCGGAAAUCCCCCGCAACAUCAACAUCGGAGACAUCAACAUUAAAGUACCCAGCCUGUCUCCAUUCUGAGUCAGCUUAGCUGAAUACUGAUACUAACUGACCUAUCCAGGCUCCGCCCACAGACACAGUCCGUCUUAGCUACUGGUGGGAGGUUGGACAAGCUUUACAGAACGCAGGUAAAAAUCCCAUUAAACCUAAUGAGAACCACAAUAUAACAAUACCUACAUUUAGAGUCAGUUAUUCAUUCAGCCUAAUGAGAAACUGUAGAACAGACUCAGUUUAUAUCACAAUACCUACAUUUAGAGUCAGUUAUUGAUUCAGCCUA